GUUUGCGCGAAACAUGGUAGUCUGGUGGCAUGGACUUUGAUCUUCAUGAAGGGGCAUUCCAGCCUCGCAACCCAUGGCGCCUAUAUCUGGGCCAGUUUGAAGGGCCGCCAUCGCAGCCAGUUGGUGUGAAUUUCAACGUUGACGUCGAUAGCGAAGAUAAUCCAUUCAUUUCGAAUGCAGUCGCGCCAGAAGAGCUGAAGCUUCCAGAGCUCCGACAUUUCGAAUAUGGAGUGCUUGAUGACCUUCCGCCUCUCGAAGAAAGUCUGGCAACGGACGACGAAUGCAAACGCGAAGACUUCUUAGAGCCUGAGGAUGAUAAACGACAUGAUAUUGAUUCAUUGUGGGAGCCUAUAGUAGAGAACCAAGUUACCAACGAGACAAGACUGCUCAGCUGGGAAGCGUUUCAAAGUCCCGGGAUUCAAGAGCCAGCAUCGGCAUACCUUUCGGAGGCUGGAGCUAGGGCAUUCGAUGCCGCCCUUUUCGUACGGGAGAAAGGUUGUCAGCCGGAUAAGGAAAUUAUCGUUAUCAGGAACGAUGUAUUCCUGCAAUCGAUGUUCAGCCUCGGGCUAGGCAGGUCCUCUGCUCUCUUCCGUUACAAUCCAAAGUCGAAGCAGUUCGAGCUUACAGAUAGCCACCACAACGUCUCCGGGAUGAGCAAGGAACUGACAUCCAGUGCGGUGGCAAAAAUGGGCCAUUGUGGACGGCUGGUCCGGCAUCUUCGAAGCUUCGUGGAUCGAACGUAUGCUUCUAGCAAAGCGUACCCCGCCAAAGUCGCAUUGGCGAACACGAUCGCCACAGUCGUCGACGCACUGGAAUCGCAAUUGGCCAGCGAGUCGCGAAAUAUUGCGUCUGUGCUGCAGCUGCUCGACAAGUUCGAUCGGCCACACCGAAUGCUCACCGAGGUGUACGAUCUGGCGCGCGGAGUCGGGAACGCGAGAUCGAACGAGGAGCUUGCGAGUAUGGUGUUCAAAAGGUGUCAGCACUGCGAUCAAGAGCCUGACUGGCUGCGGGCAAUGAUGCUUGAAGUGCUCGCGCGGGUCUCGCGACCGUGGCUGGAGCUCGUGGAACGAUGGGUAGGCUUUAUGGGCGAUCUUGGACUGAGGAAUGGAGUCGAGGAUGACACCUUCAUCACACAGGAGGCAAACUUCGAAAGUGAUAAAGAAAAAAACGUGGCUCAGGAGCUGCGGUACUCGUUCAAUGCGAAGAGACUGCCGCUCUUCGUCACGCCAGAGGAUGGCCAGAUUAUGUUCGACAUUGGACGUGACGUGCGCAUCUUACGGGCACAUCAGCCCAAGCAUCCUCUAGCGCAGACCCGCGUCGCCGAAAGGAGCGACAUCACGUUGCAGUGGCAAUUUGAUUGGCAGCAUGUUGAGCAGGUUGCGGCCAAGGCCAAGGAGUUCGAAGCUGCGCUCGCCGAGGCUGUACAACACUUCGAGCAAAGCGAGCCAACCUCGAGCAAAGUCGAAAGCCGGGCCACUGCCGUUGACGAAACACGUAGGAACGAAGAGGAAUGCUUUGACCCAUUUGUAUUGCGAGACGUUGACUAUGGAUACGAAAGGAGCGUGAUGAGCGUGCGGCAGCCAGACGCUUUAUCCGAUUUGAUCGGCAAAAACCUACGUGGAGAGCAAACUCAGAGCGACGACGCGCUGGUUGACUUCUCCCCUCCGAUAGCCAUCACGCCGGUGCUGUCAUUCAGCCCACUGCUGGCAGCGCAGCAGCGCAUCCUCAACGCGGUAAUGCUGCGCCUUUUCUUCCGCACACACGACCUUCGCCUGCACCUUGACUUACAGCGCAGCUUCCACCUGCUCGGCGACGGCGUCUUUGCCGCGCGUCUGGCAGCUGCCCUGUUCGACCCGGACCAGUCGUCCACGGAGCGGCAACGCGGCGUGAUGCGAUCCGGCACCAGCAUGGGCCUGCGGCUUGGGAGCCGACGUGCCUGGCCGCCUGCCAGCUCUGAGCUACGUCUCGCUCUCAUGGGUAUUCUGUCCGACUGCUUUCGCGCCGCGUUCCCACGCCGUGCGUCCACGAGCUCCGAGCUACCGGGCGCUCUAAGCUUUGCCAUCCGCCAACUGUCUGAAGAGGAGGCGGACUGCAUCCUGGACCCGGACUCGCUGCACGCGCUCGACUUCUUGCGAUUGCAGUACGCGGCCCCGUCGCCGCUUGGGGCGGUGCUCACGCCCGCGGCACUCGAGCGGUACGACUCCGUGUUCCGAUUCCUGCUGCGACUCGUGCGCAUGCUUUUCGUAGUGUCAAGGCUCGCCAAGGCGCCGGCAACCGCGGCCUCGUCGUCGUCGUCGCGCGCGCGCUUUUUUCGCUGGCGGGCCGAGACCUUCGUGUCAGCGUGCUGCAGGUACUUCUUCGACACGGGAGUGCGCGAGACGUGGGCUGCGUUCGUGCGGUACCUGGAUGAUCUUGAGCGGCAGCUGCGAGACGAGGACGAGGCCGGGCAGCUAGGCAGUCGAGUGCGCGAGGGCAUUGAAGACGUGCGCCGCCAGCACGACUUGUGUCUGGACCGCAUCGCGUUCGCGCUCCUGCUUCGCAACAGGCAGCAGAAGGUCAUGGCCUUGCUCGAAGAGAUCUUCGGAUCCGUGCUGGAGUUUGCGAAGCUGUGCCGUGACGGCGACGGCGACGGCGCCGGCGGUGCGCGUAUCGACGACACGCGUGUCGACGAGCUGUACGCGAAGUUUGACGCCAAAGUUGCAUUGUUUUUGGAGGUGUGCAGAGGCUUGGUUGGAAAGAAAGGGUACGGCAAGUCGAGCGGCGACGGCAGGAGAGGCUUCGGAGGCGACGGCGUCGCGAGCGAGGAGAACACAAUCGAGCGCCUGGUUGUGGCACUGGAUUUCAACGGGUACCACGAGCGACGAGCACGAUGACCAUGGCGGCUUCGUCGAGCUCUCAGGAGAAGCCAGAAAUACCGAUUGGAGCAAUUUUUUCCAUACCUGAACUCUAACUCUAGAUACGAGCAGCAAAACUGUAAGACGAAGCCCGUUGGCGACGAAGAUUGGCGACAAUUUUCUUUUCCCCUUCCUCCAGCCUUCAUUUCUUUGCAGAUGCCAGCGUGUUUCCUCCUUGCGCAAUGCCAUUUCAC